AUGUGGAAAGUUCUAAUUUUUUGUUUAUUUAUUAAAUUAAUCAAUGGAAAUUAUAGUGAUCCAAUAUAUCCAGUAUUAAAUCCUUGUUUAGCUAUACUUAAUCGUUUAUCGGAUAUGGCAUCUGCAUUUCUUAAUUGUGCUGUUAGUCGAGCACGACCAUUUAAAUUAUGUGAAGGAUGUGUUGAUAAUUUUGCACGAUUACAAGAUCUCAUUCGUUUAUUAGAUAUAACCUAUUCUGAUGUGGAUAAAGCGAUAACAUGUAAACGAUUUCUUGAAAGUUAUGAUACAAUACAAAUUGUUGCUCAACUUAUUUCAUUUGUACAAAAUAUUUGGAUAUCAUCAUAUUGUGAUAAUUGUAUCACAAAUUAUAAAGACACUAAUGGUACAAUUGAUUAUAGUCUUACUAAUCACACAGUGAAAUUCAUUCAGAAAAAGUUGAAUUUUGAUUUUUGUCUAUUUAACGCUACCGGUCGUAUGGUUCCACUAAUUCCAAUUGAUCUUAAUGUUACAUUGAAUACAAAUGUAUGUACAGUGUGUUUAGCAACCUACAAUGAUAUAAAUGAUUUCUUUUUACAAGUGGCACGAGACAACAAAAAUGGUGUUUGUAUGGAUAUUGUUGAUACAAUGAAUUAUACGCGAUUAUUAUGGAGUAAAAUAUAUGAAUGUAAACGUCAUGAUCCAGAUUAUAUGGCCAUUAUUGGAAUAUCAUUUUUUAUACCAACAAUUGUUUGUGUUUUUUAUGUCACUGCUUUAUUCAAAGGUAUAUUUGGACAAUCAUUGGAAGAUACUUAUAGAUAUUCUCGAGAUAAAAGUUCAUUUGUACCUUUAAUUGUCCGGCAAUGUUGUGAAUAUUUACUUGAACAUGGUUUAACAUUUGUUGGUUUGUUUAGAGUGCCUGGUAAACAAUCUACAAUAAAAGAAUUGCGUGAUAUGUAUGAUCGUGGUUUAUCAGUUGAAUUAAAAAAUUCUUAUUCUCCUGCAACAAUAUCUUCAUUAUUAAAAACCUAUUUACAAUCAUUACCUGAACCAAUCAUUCCAAUAAAAUGUUUUGAUGAAUUUCUUGAAAUAGGUUCACGUUUCAAAUAUAAUCAAACAAAUGAUUUAAAUCGUUUAAAACAAUUAAUAGAAACAAAUCUUACACAUAUAAAUCAUGCUAUUUUAGCAUAUUUAUGUAUAUUUCUCAAAAAAAUAACUGAUCAUGCUCAAACAACUAAAAUGGAUACUGAUAAUUUAGCUGUUGUUUUCGGAAACAAUCUUAUUCGACCAGCAGAUGAUCUUGAUCUUAAUAUGGUUAAAGGGCAUAGUUUUAAUUUAUUACCAUUAAUUAAAGUAUUAAUCGAUCAUAGUGAAUAUCUCUUUUCGAAUAGUUCAAUAAAUCAAUUUCAUGAUUCGUAUGAACAAACAAAUGAAUCAAUAACAAAAUCAAGUGGAUUUUCAUCAUUUUCAUCAUUAUUAUCAUCCAAUGAUCAUUUCAUACCAGUAAAACCUCGUUCAUUAUCAAUGCCAUCAUUAUAUAAAGGAACAUUUUCAUCAUUUGAUAGUGCAAAUAUAAGUUUAGAAAGUCAAUUGGAAUUUGAUGAUAUUAAACAACAACGAAAAUUAUCUACUGAGCAACAAUUGUGUCUUACAUCUGAUCAUAUUAAUAAUCAUCAAUCAUCUUUAGAAACAAAUCAAAUUAAUUGUGCAACAGUUCAAAAUAAAAUAAAUUUUUUUGAAAAUAGAUCAAAUACUCAACAAAAAAGAUUUGCUAGUACAGAUUUACUCGAUACAGAUGAUAAUGUUCAAGAACGACUUAAACAUAAUCCAAGAUCAAUCAAUAAUAUGUUAACUCAACAAAAACAAACAAACGAUAAUGCACGACGUCCAGUAUCAGCUAUGAAUGUUGAAAUGCCGAUUCGUAAAAUGGAAAAAAUUCCAUCUAAAAAAAGUUUUGCUAAUAAAUUUGGUAAAUCAAUUUCAAAUUUAAAAUCAACUGUGUCAAAAGCAUUACAACCUCAUUCAUCAUUAAACGAAAAUGAAUCUCCAACAAUUGACUUAUCAUCAUCUCCAAUGAAUCAACAAAUCCAAAGAAAAUCUUUAGAUAAUCAACUAACAAAUAAUAAUUUAUUAAAAAAAUUACAAAAUGAUAUUGAUAUAUUAAAAGAAUCAUUGGAUAAAAAAGAAUUAUUAAUUAUUGAAUUAACAAAAAAAUAUCGUGAAGAAUAUAACAAAUUUGAUGAAGAAAAAUUUCAAUUAAAUCAAAUAAUUGAACAUUUACAAAAUGAAAAUAUUCAAUUAAGAAAGCAGUUAAAUAUGCAAUAA